AUGGACUAUCAAAUCAGGUAUCUUUACUGGAGUCGUCACGAAGGAAUAGAUCGGAAACUAUUAAACGGAACCGAUAAGGAAGGUGGCAUUGAGGAGGUCAUUCAACUGCAAAUGUUCUCCAAGAUGAAUGGACUCACUAUAAACCCUGAUGGUACCCGACUAUUCUUCUGCGAUGAAAAUUCGAAACAAGCUCUGUAUUUGGACAUCGGGUCAAGUAGCGCCGUCGUACUUAUCAGAGAAUACGAACUCCGAGACGUUAGCAUGGAUGGUAAUGGCGUUCUCUAUUGGCUUGAGUCGGGCGAGAAACUUAUUCUUGUGAUGGAUGACUAUGAACUCAGCACAGAUUUCAACAUUGAGGAGGAAGGUCAAUUCAAUAACCCGCAACGUAUCCAUAUCGCCCUCGUCAAUUCUUGAACUAGUGAUCCAGGGGCACAUCCUUGAUUCUGAAGAAAACAAAUUAAAAAAGAGGGGGGGGGGGGGCACUGUUCCGAAAAAAUGUCUGACAAUUAUUAAAAAUAAAACCACUUUUUUUUUUUAAAUCCAGUAAGGACAUUGAGGUUUUAUCGAUAUUUGAGAUGGGGUGAAGAAUAUGUCAUGAUUUUAUAAAUAUACCGGAAAUAUACGUUUUCUCUCUUUUUAUACAACGAUAGUUAUAAUAUUAAUAAUAA